AUAUUGUCGACUGGCAGCGUCGAAGUUUCGGCGCAAUCGCGCUCGUCUCCCUUCUAGACUAACCGAAGUCACUAAUGUGGCCAGGAUUCACACCUCAGUCUUGGGCCGAAACGCUCAUCCACGGUCCGCGAUUAGUUACACCCGAUACAACUAAAGACGCUGAUAGCUGGGCCGCUUUGGCUAAGCAAUGGGCCAGUCAACGUAUACCGGCUACACAACAGCCCGGGUGGUACGCUGAUUGUGCUCCACCCCCGCCACCUCCUCCGCCCCCACCACCACCGCCCCCACCGCCUCCUCCUCCUCCAGUCUCACAAGCUGAAGAACAAACACCUGCUCAGAUACCACUCAGCACAAACUCCGAUUUUUCUUACGGGCAUCCCACAGCUUGUGCUCAACAGGUGGGUUCAUCAGCUCCAGACCAACAAUCCUGGGCUCAGAAUUUCUCAGCUCCAGACCAACAAUCAUGGGUCCAAGCUUCCUCGGCUCCAGACCAACAAUCAUGGGCCCAAGAUUCCUCGGCUCCAGACCAACAACCAUGGACCCAAGAUUCCUCGGCUCCAGACCAACAACCAUGGGUCCAAGCUUCCUCGGCUCCAGACCAACAAUCAUGGGCCCAAGAUUCCUCGGCUCCAGACCAACAACCAUGGACUCAAGAUUCCUCGGCUCCAGACCAGCAGCCAUGGGCCCAAGACUCGGCUCCAGACCAACAGCCAUGGGCCCAAGACUCGGCUCCAGACCAGCAACCAUGGGCCCAAGCUUCCUCGGCUCCAGACCAACAACCAUGGGCCCAAGAUUCCUCGGCUCCAGACCAACAACCAUGGGCCCAAGAUUCCUCGGCUCCAGAACAACAGCCAUGGGCCCAAGAUUCCUCGGCUCCAGACCAACAACCAUGGGCCCAAGAUUCCUCAGCUCCAGACCAGCAACCAUGGACCCACGAUUCCUCGGCUCCAGAACAACAGCCAUGGGCCCAAGAUUCCUCGGCUCCAGAUCAGCAACCAUGGGCCCAGAAUUCCUCGGCUGCAAACCAACAACCAUGGGCCCAAGAUUCCUCGGUUCCAGACCAACAACCUUGGGUCCAAGAUUCCACGGCUCCCCAUCAGUUUGAUGAAUCUAGCAAUUAUCCACCUGGCCGUCACUUUGAUCAUGCCUCUUUCCAGGCUCCAAAUGACUACUCAAUGCCUAAUUACGAUUACGUAGAGUACGAGCAGUACAGUGAACACGCGCUGGGGUCCUCUGAUUCUGAUUUUCGUCAUUGUCACCCGGGCGAAUAUACUGGCAUGCCCCAUGAACCACCCUUUUCUCAUGAUCCAGGUCAUUACCCACCGUGGGAUAGUCAAGAGUACUAUCAUGACCCUCGGGACGCUGCUCCACCUAUGCACUAUGAUUCUCAUACUUAUCCACAUUACUCUGCUGGCGAACCUGCACCACCCUAUCGUCCGUAUCCUCCAUGGGAAGGUCAUCACUAUGAGGCUGGUUUUCGACCACAUAUGGGUUAUCGUCCUCCUCCUCCACCUCCUUCAUAUGGUCGAUAUAGACCUAGGGGCAACUUUCUUCUCUCUCGUCCUGGAUUUGGCAGAUUUCCGCAUCCUUCUGUUCGCCCAUUUCGGCCUCCACCCUUCACUCCAAAUAGUCGAUAUCCAUAUUCGUAUCGCUAUUCCCAUCCCCGACACGGCGUCCCACCACGCUUCCACCCUCCCAAACGUGAAUUCCAUCAAGCACGAGACGUCGAUUACCGAGCUCCUCCAGAAGAGAUCAUUGACCCGGUGGAUGAUGAGAUAGAGAAGUUGGCGGCACGUGAUGUUGACAUACGCGUAAAGCCGAGUGAAACCUACCACACCCCUGACGUCUCAGUGACAGAGGAGAACCAUCUGUUUCCAUCCGUUUUCGUCUCCUCCAGUUCCCAUACAGCAGUCACUGCAGCUACCGUUGCUGUGUCCUCCAGUGUACUCACGCCAGACCGGAUUGCUUGUUCUGCUCAUCUACCUGUUCCAGAGCACUUGAUGUCGGCGUUCGAGGAAGCUGCUGCUAGCACCGGUGCUUGGCCACCGAAGCUUUUAGAACAAGAGCAGCCCGAUGGAAGUAAAAAGCGCAUUCUCCCCGCUUGGUUACGCGAUGAACUGGAGAAGCUGGAGAAGAAAAAAGCCAAGGAGCUGGCUGCUGUAACUGGCGAUACUGUGUUGGGGGCUGCUCCAGAUGCUGAGCGCGAUGCAGAAGGGGAUAUCGUUAUGCAGGAUGACGAGGCCAAAGAGCACGAGCCGCCUGUGUCUCCUGUCCGGCUUGUGGCUGUGGACGAUUCCACCGAAGAAGAAGAAGAAGACGACGACGAGGAGGAAAGAGAGGAGGCGGAUCAGGAAGAUGAAGAAGCAUCGAGUGGCAUUCCAUUGGCCGAGAUUGAACGCCAUCACAGUCCUGCUCACUUCGUAGAUGUCGAAGGACCCAUUAGUGAACCUGCGGUGGAGCUGCUAUCUCCUCUUCCAAUGAUCUCAACAGACACCAUCAACUUGGGCCACGACGAUCAUGAGUCCGGUAGUACUUCAGGUGUAAAACGGUUAAAUGCGGGUAGUCUACCAACUUUUUUGUCGGCGAAAUCGGCUACGCCUGAUUCGCCAAGUCUGUUGACGCCCGAGCAAUUUCGUUCACAAUUCAACGCCCUGACUGAUGAGGAUCAACAAAUUGAGACGUCUCGCUUCAUCACUCGUACACUGACGGAUAUUCUGCUGAAUGUGACUGGGUCACUCAUUUCCGAUAUUGCACAAGACACGCUUACGGUCUUCAAGCAGGAGGUGGAGCAGUUGUCGAUCCAUAAAGAGGAGUGCGCCGAACCUGCCAUCGAGGUUAUUGAAAUCCCUUCUGGUCUUGCAGGCCUGGUGGCUUACGCCAGUGACAGCGACGCAGAAGCGGAACGGAGUCCCAGAAAGCCUUCUAGUGAAACCAAACGCCAAUCGGCUGAUCUCUCAGGUGGCGACGACAAACACGUAGUUCCUCGCGAUUUGGAUGGUCACACGCACUCGUCAGAUGAGGAAUCGAAAAAACGCCAUAGGAACUCAGAGCACAAUAAGAAGUCGAAAUCGCAUAGGAAGGGUGCUCGACGUGAUCGUUCUUCUUCUCGACGUCGCCAGCGCCAUCGAAGCCGUUCAGCGGAAUCACGUAAAUCGCUACGGCGUGACCAAACGCGUCGCGAGUCCGAACUCUCCUCUUCAACAACUUCGGACUAUCAACGUCGACCACGACGUUCGCGUAACUCAUCCUCCUCUUCGUCAUCGGGGUCCGUUUCUCGAUCCCGGUCUCCGGGAUCGCACUCUCCCAGCAGCAAGCACCACAAAGUCAAGCGUUCAAGAAGCCACAGGCGACGUGAAAGUCGACAUCGUUAUUCGCCUGUCACAUCACCUAAGCGAUCUGAAAGAAGCCGCCGAAGCGGUGAGAGUAGCCCUAGCAGCGGUAGACGCUCAAAGCAUAGUAGGGAUAAGCGUUGAUGUGUCCAUCGUGCUCAAGCGUAAAGCGAACCGAAACGACCAACGUGUUAGGAUAACUGUCUAUGCGUGAUGUGAGUUGAACCAUUGCGAUUCUGAGGUAAGUACUGGUUGAUCAGUUGGUUGUGUCUAUUUCUAUUUACCGGUACAGCUCCGUUGAUUUUAGUUUUUCUUUUAUCAGAUUGUACUGUAUACUCUUGAUCGCGUGACCUCGGUUCCUCUUUGGAAAGUAUUGAGUAGGUUGAAUUUGCUAUUUCAACUGUUUUUUUGUCUUGUUAUGCUACCACAGCACAGAUUACUCUUACGUUUGUUCCAAUCGCAUGUUUCGUGCCUACACGAAGAUCAGAUUGUCAUAGCAUUGCUGUUUGGGUGUGACAGGGAUCCCUCGCUACUGUAUUUAGAUCAUUUGACCAGCUCAACUGCGCCUCCAUCGCGGUGUAUCGGGGACCAACUCGAAUAACUCAUGUUUAAACAUCCGAAUCCCGCUCCCGACUGACUUUGAGUGUUUACCUCACAUCGCUUCCGAAACUAGACCUGAUCCGUCAGAUUAUACACGAUCAUCAAUCAUGCACUAUUCGAAAUCCCGCACGACUCCGGUUCAGUUGAGGUUAUUUCCCAGUGACGUUCCAGAUCAGUCGAUCCUUGCGAGCAAUCUUGUGCCCAUACUCACCACCACCUCUGUGGAAACCAAGAUUGUAUUUACCACUCCAAUUAGAGCCUUUAUCCAAAAGCAGCUAGUUCAUAUGGUAAGAAGUGAAACUUUGCGUAUGGCUCACUCUUGUGACUUCCUUAGAGCGGAUAUUCGUGAAAUUGCAUUGGUCGAGCUGUCGCGUGCCGAGUAGUUGUUGUUUUCGAUAACAAUGUAUGCCACCAGUACAGUCUGCUCAGAAUCAGGUGGAUCAUCUUAUUCCUAGCUCCGUUUCGUUUGUACCUCACAAGUAUCGAUCUACCUUACUUACUACCAGGUGUGCAUUUCUCGUUCUUGUUCUUCCUGCGUUCUGUUAGUCUAGGUAUCAUCUCGUUCGUUUUGCUCCCCCGGUCUUUUCACAUCAGGUGGCCUGCUCGUCCUCCUUCCAAUCGUUUGUGGCCGUUGAUUGAAGUUCCAGCUUGAGUUUCUGUUUCCUCCUUUUUCCAUGCAUUGCUUGUUUCUUUCCCUAUAGUUUAUUUCACUUUUGUACAAAUAAACCCUCUGCUUCCCUCAUCGUGGUAUUUUGCUUCCGUCCAUGCGGUUAGUAAUGGUAGGUGAUCAUUCGAUGUCUACAUAUGACAGACAAGUUUAUCACUUUUUUUGCAUGCAUCACUGUGUUUGUGUCACAUGUGCGCUUCGUGUUCUGACGAUCCUUUUCCGUCCCGACUUUUGGGCUGUAGUUUUGCUAUUCACUAAUGACGAACCUGUCAAUCCCGUCUCAGAUUGUGCUGCGCACUUACUCUGUUUCAUCGUGAGGCCAUUUCCGUUCUUUUUGUACUUUUGCCUCUUGAUCUCACCCAACAUUUCAUCUGAGAGUGUAAUGCGAUGUCAUGUAUGCUCAUUCAUGUUAUCAUCGACUUCUCAUCAUUUCACGUGGCGCGUAACUUUGAAUGCAGCACCUCGGGUGUUCCAUUCGUUGCUUACUUUUGUUCGCUCUCUUUUGCCCUGUGAAUUUUCCCACUUCUGUUAUGUAAUGGUGUCUCACGUUUCCAUUGAAGUGUUUCCAAUUCAUUCUACUUGGAAAGCGU